ACUCGAACGACUCAAUAACAUGUCCGUCAUGGGUUCAAGCCUACAAUGAGCCGUUCCCCCGUAGCAACGACUGACUAUCUGGCUUGCAUGGUAAUGCAUUAAGUCUCGAAAGCCUGUAUAGGCCGGCAUGUCCUCGUUGGACUUUACGCCAAAUAGAAGAAGAAGUAUGUAAAGGAGACAGCAACGGGGUUUGCAAAUUCCGAGACAAAACAUUUUAAAAGAAGGACAUUCUUCAUCGCGACAACUUCAUCAUUCAUGUCUAGGUGGAACAUUUUUCAACCCAUACAGUACCUACAGUCCACUACUAUCCUUUCUCCCUCUGUUAGUACACUACCGGUUGCCCCAAGCAAUCCAAUGCAUUCUAGAUGGGGUAGUUGUGUGUAGGGGUAGGAGUAGGUGCCAUUAUUACUGUUUUCCGUGCUUUAAUUGCCGGACCGAGGGGGGAGACGCGCGGUAUCGUGGGAAGAAAAGGACUCGCGGCGGAGUUUAAAAGUAUAAGCCAUGCCACGAGUCCUUCGCAGUCGUUGCUAGGUGUGCCUGGAAGCAGGACGACGAUCCCGUGCUCUGAGCGUAUCUGGCGUGUUACAACACACCUGUGCUCUGUUCUUUGGACGACGACGAGUUUUUUGGACAACUUUGUGGUGAUUUUGGUGUGAAAGGAUGGCUCCCCUGAUUUUGUACCACUUUCCGGGCUCGCCACCCUCCCGGUCGGCUCUGCUUGCAUUGCGCAAUUUGGAUCUGGAUGCCGAGGUGAAAAUAGUGAACCUGUUCGCCGGUGAGCAUCUGGCGGACGAGUUCGUUGCGAUCAACCCGGACCACACCGUGCCGACGCUCGUCGACGAGGACUACAUCCUGUGGGAGUCGAAAGCGAUCGUCACGUACCUGGCGGAACAGUACAAGCCGGGCUGCACACUCUACCCGUCCGAGCCGAAAAAGCGCGGGCUCAUCAACCACCGGCUCUACUUCGACUCGGGCACACUGUUUGUGGCGCUGCGCAACGUGCUGAUGACGGUGCUGCGCUCCGGCGAGACGCGCAUCCCGCAGGAAAAGAAGGACGCCGUGUACAAGGCGCUGGAAAAGCUCGACUCCUAUCUGGACGGGUGCGAUUGGAUUGCGGGCGAGGAGUGUACGCUGGCCGAUCUGUGCGCGUUGGCGAAUGUGGCCACGCUGAAGGAAAUCGGAGUGGGGAUGGAGGGCUACGCCAACGUUAGCGGCUGGUACGAACGGUGCCGCGAGCUGCCCGGAUUCGACGAAAACGAGGAAGGCGCUAGCUUCCUUGGAAAUGCGUUCAAAUCGAAGCUCGAGGAACAGUUUUAGGAGAGGGGAGAAGGGAAAGGGUGGGGCGCAGUAGAAGCAUUUGUCACACCCAAACGGGAAGAGUAGCCGUCGAGCUGAGCGGCGUGAACGAUUGCACUUUCGCAAAAUUGCGAUUGCAUUUCUUAACUAUCACACCACACCAUCGUAAACGGUAAAAUAAAGUAGCGCGCACUGAUUAAAAGCACC